UCCUCUUGAUUUUCACCAACAUUCAAGGCCAAGCUGCCGGCAACGGGGCGACCUGCGAUAUCUGUGACCGGACUGGAAGACCUUGUUUCCAUUUCAGAUUUGUCCGAAGAUAGCAGCCAUUCAUGCCCAACUGACCAGCAACGGGAGAAACGCCACAGCCGCCAGCCGAUAAGAAGAUCAUUGCUUAGAGCAUAAGAAAGGGCUAUCGCUUCUGUAUUGAAAUUUUGGUUGAGCAACUAAGAUUUUGUAUGGUUUUUAUCAGUUCAAUCACCCCCAAAAGUUCUCUGGGGUUAUGGGCACUGAAAAGACCUACUUCUUCUGAUACUUCUUAUUUAUCUAAACUCAAUUGUUAUGAACGUGGGCUACUGAAGGUGCCAUAUAUACAUCUCAAAGUCAAUAAGCCCAAUAUAACUAAAUCUAGGGGAGUCACCAUGGAACUCUCUAUUACACAGCCUGAUGAUUGGCAUCUUCAUCUUCGUGAUGGUGAUCUUCUUGAAACUGUCAUCUCUCACAGUGCAAGUCACUUUGGAAGAGCGAUAGUAAUGCCAAAUUUGAAGCCUCCUGUUACCACUACUGCUGCAGCUGUGGCUUAUCGAGAUUCUAUCUUGAAAGUUCUACCUCCAAACAGUGACUUCACUCCCCUUAUGACACUUUAUUUAACAGACACUACAAGCCCCAAGGAAAUCAAACUCGCCCGGGAAAGCGGGGCUGUGUAUGCUGUAAAGUUAUAUCCUGCUGGUGCUACAACAAAUUCUCAAGAAGGUGUGACAGAUUUAUUUGGUAAAUGUCUACCUGUGAUUGAGGAAAUGAUUAAACAUGAUAUGCCUCUUUUGGUGCAUGGGGAGGUUACAAGCCAUGAAAUUGAUAUCUUUGACCGCGAGAAGGUUUUCAUUGACACUGUUCUAGGACCUCUAGUGACAAGGUUUCCUCAGUUAAAGGUUGUGAUGGAGCAUGUAACCACUGCAGAUGCUGUUAGGUUUGUUGAGUCUUGUAAGGAAGGAUCGGUUGCUGCAACAGUUACACCUCAACAUCUUAUUCUGAACAGGAAUUCACUUUUUCAAGGAGGGUUGCAGCCACACAAUUAUUGCCUUCCUGUUCUCAAAAGGGAGACGCACAGACAAGCAAUCGUUUCAGCGGUGACUAGUGGAAGCAAAAGAUUUUUCCUGGGAACUGAUAGUGCUCCUCAUGAGAAACAAAGAAAAGAAAGUUCUUGUGGAUGUGCUGGCAUAUAUAAUGCUCCUGUUGCCUUGUCUCUUUAUGCCAAGGUUUUUGAAGAGGCGGGUGCACUUGACAAACUAGAGGCAUUUACGAGUUUCAACGGACCAGACUUUUAUGGGCUGCCUAGAAACACAUCGAAAAUCAAAAUGACAAAGACUCCAUGGAAGGUGCCAAUAACAUAUUCUUAUGCUUCAGGUGAGAUUGUUCCUAUGUUUGCUGGUGGAACUCUCGACUGGUUGGUUUCCUGAUUAAACACUCCCGACUUAGUAUUUUCCAAUACAAAUUAAUAAUGUUUUUAUUUGUUGUCAUUGAAUCCCAAAUAAGAUAAAAACAAAUUCAAUCAUGCAUUAUUAUUGAGGAUAAUAUGAAUAUUUCUUCUAGUACAAAUACUUGGAAAUGCCUCUA